AUGAGUGAGAGGGAUAAAGAUAAAGAUAGAGAUAGAGACAAGCGUGAUAGAGAUAGAGAUAGAGACAGAGAUCGAAGUGAUAGGGAUAGAGGUGACAGAAGCGAUAGAGAUAGAGGUGACAGGGAUCGAAGCGAUAGGGGUGGUGACAGAAGCGAUCGUGACAGACGAGGCAGCGAUAGAGGUGGUGACAGAGGUGAUAGAAGCGAUAGAGGUGAUAGAAGCGACAGAGGUGAUAGAGAUAGAGAUGGUUAUCGUUAUAGUAGAGAUAGAAAGAGAAGUAGAUCACCUUCGAGUAGAUCUUCGAGUGGUGGCGGUGGUGGUGGUGGUGGAUACGGUCCACCUGCAACCUCAACAACUUCACCUGCACAUAACAACAAUAACAAUGGUAAUAAUAACAAUAAUGGUGUUGCUGCGACAACCCCAAGUGCAUCAAGUAGAAAGUCGUCACUUUGGGACAGACCACCCGAUCCCAAUGAUAUGGUGGCACCGGUCGGUCAGGUCUAUGGAAGUCAGGCACUGCAGCAACAGCAUCCAAACUACCAGGUACAAGCACAUCCACCACAAUCGAUUCAACAUCAUCAUCAACAACAGAUGAUGAUGGGACUGACUUCGUAUAGUGGCGUCGCCGGACAUACCGGCCAACAAAAUAGUGGCGCGCCAAUGCCCAUGGGCAUGAAUCCACAACAGCAACAGCAACAACAACAGCAGCAGCAGCAACACCAACAGCUACAACAACAGCAACAACAUCAACAACACCAGCAACAAAUGGGUGGUAUUCACAUGAAUAAUAUGAACAUGGCUAUGUCUGGUGGUGGUGGUGGUGCCAUGGGAAUGGGCGGUGCCAAUAACAUGCCGUCUGUCCAGUCGGCAAGUGCAGCACUCGCCAAACAAAGUAGAAGAUUGUACGUUGGAAACAUUCCACCCAAUGUCACAGAGGCACAGAUCGUCGAGUUCUUUAACGCCGCCAUUAUUGCGGCGGCACUCACCACCAAGCCUGGCCAGCCAGUGCUACUCUGCCAGAUCACAACUGGCAAGUCGUUUGCAUUCAUCGAGUUCCGCUCCAGUGAGGAAGCGACACUGGGCAUGGGACUCGACGGAAUCAGUUUGUCGGGUUACUCGCUCAAGAUACGUCGUCCCAAGGAUUACCAAUCGGGCAGCAACGAGCCAAUGCCCACUGGACUCUCCAUUGUCAGCACCAACGUGCCCGACAGCGAAAACAAGAUUUUCCUUGGUGGACUUCCGCCCACCCUCAACGAAGAGCAAAUCAAAUCGAUGUUGAGCGCAAUCGGUAGACUGAAAGCAUUCAACUUGGUCAAGGACACAAAGACCGGUAUCUCAAAGGGAUUUGCAUUCUGCGAGUUUCUCGACCCCGAGAACACCGACAAGGCAUGCGCAGAACUCAACGGAACCAAAUUUGGAGACAAGUCACUACUCGUACAGAAAGCAUCUCUCGGAAAGGAAGCGAUCGCCAACAACAACAACAAUAACAACAACAACCAAUCUCUCAACAAUCCAAGCAAAGUAAAAGUAGAUUCAUCGGUUUCAUCACUUUUAAAUUUAACAACUGCACUACCACAAGUUUUAGGUGCAAUAAGAUCCAAUGUAUCAUCAGACAAUAAUUCAAAACCAUCUAGAGUUGUACAACUUUUGAAUAUGACAGAUAAAGAAGAGAUUCAAGACGAUAACAACUAUGAAAAUCUAUUGCUCGAUACUAAAGAUGCAUGUGAAGAGUUUGGAGAGAUAGAAUCGAUUUUUAUUAGUAGACCAAAGGAUAGCCCAUUGGAUAUAAUCAAAGUGUUUGUUUGUUUCAGUCAGUUAGAGUCUGCUCAGAAAGCAUGGGUGGGACUAGGAGGCAGAAAAUAUAAUUACAGAACGAUUAUCACCGCUUUUUAUCCAGAGGAUCUUUAUAUUAUCGAAGGAAACAACGAAAACUCUACAAAUGAAAAUGAAAAUGGCAAUGAAUAUAACGACUAUAAUAAUAAUCCUUAUGAAAACGACAACAAUGAAAAUCAAAGAUUUAGAAAUGGUUCCAAUGAUAUGGAAUUCUAA